GAACCGACUAAAAACGUGACCGUUUUAGAAUAUGUCACGCUAUUGACAAGUCUAGAUACUAGAAGCGCUACGAAAGAGGAAUCGAAAAUGAUCACCUCAAAGGUACCACGUGUGUUACUAUUGAUGCCUCCUGUCUACAGAACUCGAAUGAAAGAGUGCUCGAGCUCCUGUGUAGUGUUCCUGGGUUGAGCAAGAAAAUAAAAAUUGUGCUUCCUCGAAAAAGUUAUUUCGACAUUGUUUCGCUACUUUGCCACACAUCUUUUAAGUUGAAGUUUUUUAAAUUUUUUUUCACAGUAAAGAUUUUUUUUCCGUAAAACUUUGAAAACUAUCAUUAAUCUACUAUCCGCUACUACUACCUGAAAAACUACCUGCUACCAAAAAUCAUCUCCAAUACUCUCAAUAUUAAAUGACAUUUGCUAACAGUGUUUGACGAAAGUAAUAAUUUCCCGUGUCGAAGACUGCACUCAGAAACGCUUUUUUUGAAACGUGCUUUCAAAUGGCGACCCAACAGCAGGCACCUCACAGAGGUACUGGUGAGGCAGAAAAAGGAAUCAAGACGGAAUGUGGGAAUGGCAAUAACUACAAUCAAGAACCCCACAAUGAAAGCAUCGAGUGCAAUAUUAAUUUUAUGUCUUCCUUCUCUCAGCUCCUUGCAACACUGGUUGAUUGUCUCCUAGUCGUCGUCACAGGAACACAAUGCGUCAUGCCGACCAUAGUUUUGGGCGCACUCCGCAAUAACCCGAACGAAGAGCUGAGUUUAAACAACCAUCAAGCAGCGUGGUUAGGCAGCAUCCUGUUCCUGUGUCAACCGAUCGGGAGCGUGGGGUCCGGGUUCUUCUGCGAGCGGUUCGGGCGUCGGGGGAGCAUGGCCCUGAUCAACAUCCCUUUGGCGGCCGGGUGGAUCCUCUUGUCGUACGCCUCGUCGGUGACCGGUCUCUUCGUGGCCGCCCUGACGAUGGGCCUGAGCAUCGGUUUCUGCGAGGCGCCCAUCGUCGCCUACGUCGGCGAGAUCUGCGAGCCACAUAUUCGCGGCUCCCUCCUGAGUAUCAUGAUAACCGCUGUCUCCUUCGGCUACCUCUCAAGUUAUUUCCUCGGCUCGAUCAUGCAUUGGCGCGCGUACGCGCUCGUUAAUGUUGUCUAUCCUGCGACUGCCCUCAUACUUUUUACGCAGAUUCCAGAGUCACCAGUCUGGUUAAUCCACAAAGGACGUCUAAAGGAAGCGCAAAAGGCUCUGGGUUGGUUGAGAGGUUUUGUGGAGCCACAUUGUGUUCAAGAAGAAUUUGACCGAAUCGUUAGGCAUGUUGAGGCAUCAAAAUCAUCAAGCUCUUGCCAAGAAAAAUCAGAAAAAGUCGGAGAAUUGCAAUCUGAUGAAAGGGGUAUUCGCAAAUGGAUGGCCGGGCUACGUGAUACAUCUCUCAUGCAACCUUUGAGACUAAUAUUCUUAGUAUUCACGUUUACACAAUGUAUGUGCCUGGUAGCUUUCAAACCAUAUUUAGUCGGCAUACUGGCCGCAUUCCAGUUUCCAGUUCAUCAUAAAUGGGUUUUGAUAACAAUCGGUCUCAUGAGUUUUUUCGGAUCGAUGAUGCCCUUCAUCAUCUUCCGGUUCACGGGGAAGAGGAAUCUGAUUUUGUACAACCAGUUCAUUUGCUGCGUCACUGUAUUCGGUCUGGGUAUCUACUGCAGCAUCUUCAACGACACCCUUAGCUCGGACAGUCCCUGGCGGUGGCUCCCGAUUGUCUUUUUCGCCAUCGUCUUCUUCUCCUCCAGCAUGGGAAUCAUGAACGUCCCGUGGAUGCUCAUGGGAGAGGUCUUCCCCAUCAGGUGGCGAAGUUUCGCGACAGGACUGUGUGGGGCGUGGGCGUAUGCGGUCACUUUCGUCACAGCGCGACUUUACCUCCCGAUGGAGGGUGUUCUCUCCCUGAGUGGAAUGUUCUACUUCUACGGUGGCGUCGGGAUCCUGGGUUUCCUCUACUUCUACUUCUUCUUACCUGAGACGGAAGGGAAGACACUCGAAACGAUCGAGUCCUACUUCACGCCUUACCACGACAAAAAGGAGAAGUUCUCCCGCCCCAAACGUUGAUUUUACCAGUGCACUGAGAAAAAAGUUCAGUUGUAUGAACCAAAGUUUGGUGUUCCAUAUGAGCCUAACUAAUUCGGUUUGUCAAACCAAAUUUUCGGGUUGUCAAACCAAAUAUUCGGUUCGUCAAACCGACCUUCCGGUUUGUGUAGCCGAACUUCAACGGUAAAGUAAACUGACGAACGAAGUCGGGUCACAUGAACCGAAUGUUUGGUUAAACGAACCCAAAGGUUCAAUUUCACAAACCGAAUAGUUGGGAUGAUAUGGAACACCGGAUUUUCGGUUCAUAUCACCGAACUUUUUGUUUCAGUGUGUGCUCCUUGGGAAAUUUCGAGCUCUAUUCUGCAUCUUCUGCAUCUGCGUUUGAAUCGAGAAUGCCCACAGUUUCCUUUAAAAUGGCGUUUGCAUUACAAUCCGUUUGUAACAAAAACGGCCGGAGGACAUUGAGCAGUCAAUGAAUGCAUGAACUUAAUAGUGGUAGGAGUUUGUACUUGCGUUCUAUUGUACAUGCCAAAACUGCCGCUAUACUCCAUUCAAAUAUUUGCCUUCCUCUUCCACCUAUAAGGCUCUUACAAGAAAACAUGAUUUCCAGUAUGCAUCAUUUUUUCUUCUUUUUGAGUGUCUAAUGAUAUGUUAAAAUCGUUUUAAAAAAUUGAAACGGAAAUGAAUAUUUGUUCAAUUUAUUGUAAUAUUUCAUUUUUUCAAAAACAAAAUCAAGAAGUAUAGAAUUUAGACACGGUCUUUUUACUGUGGACGGUGGGGCAGGGCCUCCACUCUGAUGGUGAAGGGGGGUGUUAAAAUAUAAUCAGGAAGCCUUGUUCAUAUGUUUGAUGUCAUGGUGAUCGUUUAGUUGAGCAAAAAAGAAAGAAAAAUCGCAUGAACGUUGAUAAUUGCAUUUUGCAUGGUUUUGAAAGAAAAUAUGUACUAAAAGUUGGAAGUAUGCUUGACUGACCUGUCAAGGGUGGACUCAUGAAGUACUCCAUGGAUAAACCAGAAAAUGAUCAGGCAGACUUUCAUUUUUUUUAAUUAUUUUUUUACUUGUUUCUAGCUAUGUACGAACUUAAAAUUGUAUAUUAUUGCAUGAAGCUCAAGAGUGAAUCAAGCAUUUAAUCGGUGGAACUGAAAUGUUCUUCAUGUAUAUGAGUAAUAAAAUUCAACUUGGGUUGAAAGAGAGGUUUGCUUAAGGGAAUUGAUCAUCGAAAAGUUGAAAAUCGUUAUUUUUUUCACAUUACCACCGGAUGGUCCUGCUGUAUAAAUUCUCAAUUUUCCCCUCUAUUUUAUACUGAUUAAGAAUAUACUCAAUGAAUGUAUGAAUAUCUGGUUUCGUAAUAUACAUUUAUCAAAAAUU